AUGGCCCCUUCACUCUUUGCCCUUGGCACGGCUGCCCUCGCCUUGGCUGGUGCCACCGCCGCCAAGCAGUUCGUCCUGGACGACACCUACGACUCGACGAACUUCUUUGACAAGUUUGAAUUCUUCGAGAGCAGAUACGAUACUGGCAACUACAACGAUGUCGACCUCACCUCGGGUUACAUUAACUACCGGACCCGUGUCGAUGCUCAAAAGCUGGGCCUCAUCAGCAACGCCGGGGGGGAGGUCUACUUGGGCGCUGACACCCAAAAUAUCACCGAGUUUCCCGGCGUCGGUCGUUCCAGUGUGAGGCUCGAGAGCAAGGCUAUCUACAACAAGUCCCUUAUGGUCGCCCGCUUCUCCCACCUACCCAAGCCUGUCUGCGGUGCGUGGCCCGCUUUCUGGUCUUACGGCGCCCCGUGGCCCCAGAAGGGUGAGCUCGACUGGUUUGAGGGCUGGAACAAUGCGGCUGCCAACAAGCCCGCUGCCCACACCUACCACUCGGAAGAGCAGGGCCAGUGUAUCAUCAGCGAGGUCGGCCAGACUUCCAAGGUCAAUACGGCCAACUGUGACCAGUGGGCCCCUGGCCAGUACCAGAAUGAGGGAUGUGGUGCCACCGCCACAUCGGCCGACCCUUGGGGCUCUGCCGAUGGUGGUAUCUAUGCCGUUGAGUGGACCGACGAGUAUAUCAAGUUCUUUGCAUGGACUCACGAUGCCGCUCCCAAGGAUAUCGGAUCCGACUCGCCCGACACCUCCUCUUGGGGUACCCCUUCCAUGCUGAUCUCCAACGACAAGUGUAACAUUAAGAGCCACUUCUCAGACCAGCGACUCGUGAUCAACAUCGACUUUUGCGGCGUUCUCGCUGGCAACGAGUUCAUCUGGAAGGACCAAUGUGCCACGUCCACAGGCCACGCUGUCUGCUCAUCUUACGUUGCGCAGAACCCCUCGGUUUACAAGGAAACCUACUUCAAGAUCAAGGACAUCCGCGUCUUCAAGGAGGGCAGCAAACCCGUGAUCUCGACCUCGGCAUCUGCAUCUGCGUCUGCGUCAGCCUCUAUAUCCGCCUUGGCUGGCGACUCUCACUCGCAGACGGGCACCGCCAAGGUUACCGACAAGUCUGCUUUCCUCACUGCUUCCGGCACAGCUGCUGGCACUAUCACCGCAAGUGUCAGCGUCACCAAGUUCGCGUCAGCCACUGGCUCCGCGCCCAGCUCCAUUAAGUCCGGCAGCGUCACCGACGAGGACGUGUGCAAUGAGGAUGACGAUGGCUCUGUCACCCAGACCGCUGUCCCCACCAAGGACAUUGUCACUGACAAGAGCGCUGUCGUCUCAGGAAGCGAUAUCACCAACAAGCAGACCCACGCCAUUCCGACGACCACUGCCCAGCUGACCACCUCGACAAUCUACACCACCAAGGUCUCGACUGUCACAGCGUGCCCUCCGACCGUUACUGAUUGCCCUGGCCGUAUUGGCAAGGUCAUCACCGAGACCAUCGCUCUCUACACCACCAUAUGCCCCGUUUCGCCGGUGCCUGCUCCCCAGCCCACGGAGCCAGUCAGAGGCAACAACCACAAUCAUAACAACAGCGACAAGCCCGGGCCCAGCUUGGACAUCUCAACCACCACUUUCACCACAGUGUACACCAUCACAAGGUGCCCUCCGUCCGUUCCGGAUUGCCCUAUUGGAGGAGUCACCACCAAGGUGGUCACGAGGUCGGUCCCUGCCGCCGGUCCCUCUGUACCCGUUGUUAUCAAAUCGAUUCCUACCGCCGGUCCCUCCGUACCCGUCAUUAUCAAAUCGAUCCCUGCCGCCGGUCCCUCUGUACCCGUUAUUAUCGAACCGAUCCCUACCGCCGGCCCCUCCGUGCCCCUCAUCACCAAGACCGCCGUUCCCUCUGCCCCCAACUCCGCCCCGGACGUGAUUAAGACGCUCUCCCAGAUAUCGUCCUCCGGCCUCCCCCCAAAGCCCAUCGCGCCCAGCGGCAGCCCUCACGGCCACAACGCCACCAUCCCAGCGGCCAAGCCCUCCACGCCAGUUGCCCUCAAGCCCACGGGAACCGCCCCUGGCGCCUCAACCACCGGCUGCUUCGGCCCUAGUUGCCCGACGAAGCCGGUCGUCGUCGUCAACGGCGCCGUCCAGGUCGGCGCCAGCUUCGUGCUCAUGGCCCUUGGCGCGCUCGCCGUCUUCGUUUUCUAG